UUCGUCUGCUCGAGACUCGAGACAAGUUUGGAAGAGCGCGGUGCGCGGUCGUAGCCACGUCGAGGCAUUAUUUCGAAAGUCACUCAAAAAGUAAUUUGAAGCCUUUUGAAUUUUUGUGAUUCAUUGAUUGAGUUUUUAGUUACGAAAUUCAACUGUAAGCGUCGCAUCACGAAAAAAUUGGAGGAUAAUUUUUGAAAAAUCAUCGACUGCUCCGGUCGCUUUGAAAUCGUCGAAAAUACAUGCCUAACGCUCAUUCACUUUUGAAUUUCUGUCAGAAGUAAUGGGCUGAUUGAUGUGAAAGGAAACGAAUGGAAUUGAAACGCGUCGUGGAAACGAAAGAGGAAAUAUUAUUACGAAUAAAAACCGCGUGGUGUUGGAAAAAACGAUGGCUGACGAAACUAAAGAGAGGCUUCUCGUGCUAGUGAAGGAACAAGGUGAACUCGUGCGAAAACUCAAAGCAGCGAAAGCUGAAAGUUCUCAGCCUCGAGACAUAAAUACAUCAUUGGCCACAAUAAAUACAGAGUUGGCAAAUGUCAGUUACGUGAGUGGUUGGCAACCGAGUUUAAAAGACAAGGAGCUCUUUGACUUUUGUGCCUCCAAGCUCAAUGGCAAGACACAAGAUUUUCAACACCUUAAAAGAUGGUACUCUCACAUAGAGAGUUUCUCACUGAACGAGAGAUCAAGAUUUCCAAUUUCUAAUGAAAAAACUUCGUUAACGAAGAGUAUAGAAACUUUGACUAAUUCUUCGGGUUCUCCCGCUCUUCUCAACCUUGACGACAAGAUUUCUGAAGAAGUUGCCAAAUUACUUGAACUCAAGGCGCAACUUGGAGAGAACGAUGCUGGACCACAGAAAUUCACUCUCAAAACACCAAAAGGUACGAGGGACUACAACCCUGAACAAAUGGCACUACGUCUCGGCGUCCUCGACAAAAUCGUUUCUGUUUUCAAACGGCACGGAGCUGAGACCAUCGACACACCCAUUUUUGAACUCAAAGAAGUCCUGACGGGGAAAUAUGGAGAAGAUGCCAAGCUCAUAUACGAUCUAAAAGAUCAGGGUGGGGAAAUUCUCGCCCUGCGAUACGACCUCACUGUACCUUUCGCGAGAUACUUGGCAAUGGGAAAAAUAACAAAUAUUAAGCGAUAUCACAUCGCAAAAGUCUACAGAAGGGACAAUCCUUCAAUGACUAAAGGUCGUUAUCGCGAAUUCUAUCAAUGCGAUUUCGACAUCGCAGGUCAGUACGAUCCGAUGAUACCCGACGCCGAGUGCGUGAGAGUCGUUGCGGAGGCUCUUUCGAGCUUGAACCUCGGGAGUUUCGUUAUUAAAUUGAACCAUCGCAGUUUGCUGGACGGAAUCUUCGCGGCUUGUGGAGUGCCGCAGGACAAAUUCCGAAGCGUUUGUUCCUCGGUCGACAAACUGGACAAAAGUCCUUGGGAGGAAGUGCGCAAGGAGAUAGUCGAAGAGAAACAAUUGGAGGGCGCGAUCGCGGAUAAAAUUGGAGAAUUCGUUUCGAAGCGCGGCGACGCUCGUCUCAUCGAAGAAUUGAGAAAAGACGAAACUCUGAUGAAACAAACGGCUGCGAAACAAGGCCUCGAAGCGAUGGAACUUCUCCUCAAGUAUUGCGACAUUUACAGAAUCUCGGACAAGGUUCUGUUCGACCUCAGCCUCGCUCGCGGACUCGAUUAUUAUACGGGCCUCAUUUACGAAGCUGUGCUAACGUCUGAAAACUGUGAAGUCGGCAGCGUCGCCGGCGGAGGGCGUUACGACAAUCUCGUGGGGAUGUUUGACUCGAAAAAGAAGACGGUACCGUGCGUCGGUGUUUCUCUCGGAGUCGAGAGAAUAUUCAGCGUAUUGGAAUCGAGGAUAGCGAACAAGGGGGAAAAGACGCGCACGACGGAAGUGGAAGUUUACGUGGCAACGGCGCAGAAGAAUUUGCACGAAGAGCGCAUGAAGCUCUUGACGGAUCUGUGGGAAGCGGGAAUAAAAGCUGAACAGUCGUACAAAAAGAGCCCGAAGCUUUUGGCGCAGUUGCAAUUUUGCGAAGACAGUGGAAUUCCGUUCGCGAUUAUCAUUGGCGAAGGUGAACUCGCCAGGGGCGAAGUUACUCUUCGAGAAGUGAAAAGCCGGGCUGAACGAGCUAUCUCGCGGGCGAACCUCGUCGAGGAAAUCCGGAAAGCUCUAGCAACGUUCUCUUAGAAAAAUUCACCCUUUUUCGCAUUUUUCCACAUUUUUUUUUACUAAACUGAACAUUUCUAAGAUAAAGACUGCAUCGGUCGUCACGCCCGCGAAUACAAUAGUUGAUUUUUCCCCCCCGAACUCGUCCUUCCUUUCGGAUAACAAGAAAAACGCUCCUUCGAUGAGAUUUUAUGGGGAAAACGUCGUUUAGCCAAUGAAAACAGAACAGGUUUACUGUCAUACAGUUCUUUAUUUAUUGCACCAACUUUUUUCAAUAAAAAAAACGUUGCUAGCUAAA